UUCACCCCAGCCCUAACUGUAAUUUAAUGCGAAAAGACUGACUAUUUUCUUUCAUUUACCUCAGUAUUCUGCAGAUUAUGUAGUGAGCUGUUAAUAUGUGAGCUGUAAGGUUAGCUAUUCACCUCUGAGUGGAAGAAAUAAGCUCAAAGUUCAGCCUGUGUGUUCAGACCAGACAGAAAGUGAAGCGAGCUGUACAGUUCUGCCGAUGCUUUCGUUCAUUGCUGUAAAACACGGAACAUCUGCGUUUACUGUCGGUCUUUUGGCUUGGGCGUCGAGAGGACAGAGCAGGAUGUCAUCAUCGGUUCCUGUGGCCGCGGUGUGUCAGAUGACUGCCAGCCCUGACAAAGAAGCAAACUUCAGAACGUGCACGCGAUUGGUGGAGCAGGCCAAAGUGGGCGGAGCUAGCAUGGUGUUCCUGCCAGAGGGCUUUGAUUACAUUGGCUCAAGUCGUGAGGAGACGCUGCAACUGUCAGAGAGUCUGGAUGGAGAAACUAUCAGCAGAUACACACACCUGGCCAGGAAGCUGGAUGUGUGGCUGUCUCUGGGUGGAUUUCAUGAGCAAGGACAUGACUGGAAAACAGACCGACGCAUUUAUAACAGCCACAUUAUCAUUAAUGGACAAGGUGAGAUAGUGUCAGUGUACAGGAAGACUCAUCUGUUUGACGUGGAGUUGAGCAGUAAAGGUGUUUCUCUGAAAGAAAGCGCCUUCACUAUUCCUGGCCCUCGUCUGGUUCCUCCAGUGCAGACGCCCAUCGGGAAGGUGGGUCUCGGCGUCUGCUACGAUUUACGUUUUCCUGAGCUGUCGGCAGCGCUGCAGAGACACGGAGCCGAAAUCCUUACUUACCCAUCAGCCUUCACUGUGGCCACAGGAACCGCACAUUGGGAGGUUCUCCUGCGUGCUCGGGCGGUGGAGACGCAGUGUUUCGUGCUAGCGGCGGCACAGGUGGGAGCGCAUCACUCAAAACGGGCGUCAUACGGUCACGCUCUGGCGGUGGACCCGUGGGGUGAGGUGUUGGGGGACUGCGGUGGGACCCAGGAGGGAGUCACACUGGCUCACAUUAACCUGCAGAAGCUACGGGACAUCAGGAGGGACAUGCCUGUGCUCCAGCACCGCAGACAGACAGACUUCUACUGCAGCCUCGACUCAAAAAUAUGAACACAAACACAGCAGCGAUGACUGACUGCAGAGUGAACUGCUCACUGAGAAAAAGGGUUCUUUGGAUUUGCUACAUGCUUUUAAGGUACACUCAACAAAAAUGACGUUUGCUGUUAGUUCAAACUACUUGUUUCAAAUGAGCUGAAACGACUCGAUUCUUUAGUUGUAAUUGUUAAUAAACUUAAAUAAAUUAAUAAA